CUAAGUGCAAUCGACCAGACUGGACGCCGGGCGCGACGUAUAAACAGCUUGGUGGAAACAGGCGCCAAUUUUGCAUGCAUUUGGUUUGAAUUAAAUUUUCGGCACAAAAGAGUACUCGAGCCGGUUGGUAGUGGUGUUCUUGUAGUUGUGUCGGUUGCAUGUGAAUAGUAAUAGUAGUGCUGCUGCUGCUGUUGGCAAUAGUUGUGUUGUUAUUGUCAUUUCGGUAGGUGUUCAGUUCUGAAAGAUCAGAUCUUAGCGUCAAGAGCGACGCGUGAUUUUGGCACCACACAACACACAGCCCGUCAGUCGUCAGUUGAUCGUUGGUCGCACAUGCGUUCGGUUCGGAUUCCUGGGAUGCAAAAAGGAUCGUAUACGGGCGAAUAUGAAGUGAAGUGAUUGUUUGCUGGGCCUGUAUCUGAAGCAUUUGUGAUCGGUGCGAAAAUAUUUUUGAGCAAAAUUGUGAGCCUGUUUUAAACUGGAGCAUUAAAGCGCAAGUUGCGCGUUGGGAACAAAUCUACCAUUACGUACAACAAUAAGAUCUAGUUUCAAAACGGUAACCAACUUUUUCUUCUUCUCUACGCGAAUGCCAAUGCCUUGAGUCGCGGUGUGUUGCGAAUCAGCUGUGCAAACCUAAUCGGUGGUAAACCGUAACAACUGGAUUGUGUCAUUUCGCGAUCUCACAUCUUUUUGUUGUGAAGGAGUUCAAGUUGGAACACAAGGAACGACUAAACGCUGUUGGAAAGUCAAGCGCCCGUGCCAGCCUUGAUCAGGAUCGAUAGGUUGUAACAAGUCUCGCUGAAAAAUUGAGUGCUAUCCAAAAACAAAAAUACAAGAUUAGCGUCUCAUGAUGACGGUUGACAAAGGCCACAGUAAUACAGCGUUUGUGGGGGACGAUGAAGUGAACAACAGCAAAAAACCCGUCCAGAGCAGAAACAUCAUUACCAACAGUUACGUCCUGGAAGUGCAGGAAAAGAAACCAGGCCUCGAAACGGACUACAACCCGUACGAGCAUCGACACGUGGAGCACCCAACCACAAACAAUGAAACACUGAUCCAUCUGCUCAAAGGAUCGCUGGGGACGGGCAUCCUGGCGAUGCCGAAUGCAUUUCACAACGCCGGUUGGUUAGUGGGUGCCGUCGGAACCCUCAUAAUCGGCAUCCUGUGCACUUACUGCAUUCACCUGUUGAUUAAGGCCGAGUACGAAUUGUGCCGGCGGAAACGAGUUCCUAGCCUUAACUAUCCUGCUGUGACAAAAACCGCCCUGCUAGAGGGUCCCGAGGCGCUGAAACCACUUUCCAAUGUUAUUAUACACAUAAUCAACACCUUUUUACUCAUCUAUCAGCUGGGCACGUGUUGCGUGUACGUAGUGUUUGUCGCCUCCAACAUUAAAGCCAUUGCAGACUUCUAUACCGAAAGUGACACCGAUGUGCGGCUGUUCAUGCUGAUCAUCCUGCUGCCAUUGAUCUUGAUCAACUGGGUUAGAAACUUGAAAUUCUUGGCACCAUUCUCGACGCUAGCUAAUUUUAUCACACUGAUAUCAUUCGGCAUCAUCCUGUACUACAUCUUUCGCGAGCCAGUCUCGUUCGAGGGACGUGAAGCGGUGGGACAUAUCUCCGGAUUUCCGUUGUUCUUCGGUACGGUGCUCUUCGCGCUGGAAGCAAUUGGCGUUAUUCUGCCGCUUGAAAAUGAGAUGAAAACACCGAAAAAGUUCGGCGGCAACUUCGGCGUGCUAAACAAAGCAAUGGUGCUCAUCGUUACGCUGUACAUCGGAAUGGGAUUCUUUGGCUAUCUGAACUAUGGUCCAGAUGCAAAGGGAUCGAUCACCCUGAAUCUGCCGGAAGAUGAAAUCUUGGCUCAGUGCGUGAAGGGAAUGCUUGCCUUCGCCAUCUACAUCACCCAUGGUUUGGCCUGCUACGUGGCAAUCGACAUCACCUGGAACGACUACAUGAAGAAACGCUUCGGCGAGUCAACCCGUACCACCUUCUACGAGUAUAUGGUACGAACGGUGCUGGUGUUGAUAACCUUCCUGCUGGCGGUGGCCAUUCCCAAUCUCGAGCUGUUCAUCUCGUUGUUCGGUGCUCUCUGCCUGUCGGCGCUUGGUAUUGCCUUCCCAGCGUUGAUCCAGACAUGUACAUACUGGCACGACCGAAAGGGUCUCGAGAAGGUUUGGAUGAUUUGUAAGAAUUCUAUCAUCGGAAUCAUCGCCGUUGUUGGACUGGUCGUCGGAACAUCGACAAGUUUGAAGGAGAUCAUUCUCACCUUCGGAGAACAUGAUUAUCACACUAAGAACCAGACCAGACCCAUCAUCAUCAUCAUCAAGAUGGGCUCCCCGAAAAAGGAUGUCAACUUGGACAUGCAGUUACUCAGCAAGACAUCUUUCCCGGCACGGAAUGGUGACAUGAUAGUGGAUGAGGACUAUGAUCCCCAUCUCCACCGAAAUCGACCGGUCCCAACGACCAAUUUUGAAACUCUAGUGCAUCUGCUGAAAGGAUCUCUCGGAACCGGUAUCCUCGCUAUGCCUCAGGCAUUCUACAAUGCUGGAUAUAUCUCCGGUUUCAUCAACACUAUCCUGAUCGGGAUACUGUGUACGUACUGUUUACACGUGCUCGUCCAGGCGCAAUAUGUUCUCUGUAAAAGGCAUCGCGUUCCCAUACUGACCUAUCCUAUUUCGAUGAAAAUGGCCCUGGAGGAGGGGCCCCAGUGUCUGAGAUGGUCCUCGCGUUACGCUAUAGCGAUUGUGGACGGAUUCAUGAUAGUCUAUCAACUAGGCAUAUGCUGUGUGUAUAUAGUGUUCGUGGCCUCAAAUAUCAAGCAGAUUGUGGAUCUAUACUACCCGAUGGAUGUCAAAAUUCAUUGCUUAAUCCUACUGAUACCACUGAUGGGCAUCAACAUGAUUCGAAACCUAAAGCUGCUAGCUCCAUUCUCCACGUUUGCUAACAUCAUUACAUUUGUCGGCAUUGGAAUUAUCAUGUACUACGUCCUGGAUGAUCUGCCUUCUCUUUCGGAACGUGAAAUGAUCGCCGAUAUUGGCCGGUUCCCGCUGUUCUUCGGCACCACUUUGUUCGCGAUAGAGGCAGUCGGAGUGAUUAUAGCCCUGGAGAACAACAUGAAAACGCCGAAGUCUUUUGGUGGUUGGUGUGGCGUGCUGAACAGUGGCAUGGUGGUCAUCAUAGCCCUUUACGCCGGAGUGGGCUUCUUGGGCUACCAGAAAUACGGUGCCGACUCGGAGGGAAGCAUAACGCUGAAUCUGCCCCAAAAUGAAAUACUGUCUCGAAGCGUUCGCGUCCUGUUCGCCAUCGCCAUAUUUAUUUCAUAUGGACUGCAGUGCUAUGUUCCGGUGGACAUCAUUUGGAAUACUUAUCUAAUUGAGAAAUUUAGAGAUUCGAACAAAAAACUGGUUUACGAGAUGCUAGUGCGCAUUGUUGUCGUCAUCAUCACUUUCCUACUGGCGGUCGCCAUUCCACGGCUCGGCCUCUUCAUUUCCCUGUUCGGAGCGCUCUGUUUAUCGGCAUUGGGUAUCGCAUUCCCCGCAAUCAUGGACAUCUGCGUCCGAUGGCCCGGGAAGCUGGGCCCAGGAAAAUUGAUCCUCUGGAAGGAUAUCAUCCUGAUUCUGUUGGGUAUUGUUGGUCUGGUGUCGGGAACAUAUACCAGUGUUCGUGAUAUUGUCUACAGUUUUAAGUGAGCUUUUUUUUGCUCACGUCACAUUUUUCUACACCCUUUUUUUCAUUUGAUACGACAAACACUUACGCAAUACAUAGAAUUCUACUAUAUCCAGAGCAAAACAAUACUCGAUAGAGAAUCGAUAGACUGCUCAGGCGAGACCACCGUAACAAAGCCGCACCAAAAAGCCUUUGCUUAAACGAAUGUAAUCAAGCGUAUGGGUUCUCAUAGAAAGUAAUCGUCGAACAAUAUGUUGGAAAUGACUUUGGAAGCAACAUAGGUAUGCUUACAAUCCACAACAAAAAAGCUCAUGCUAAUGCACACUCAACACUCAACUGUUGACCGACAUAUCAUUCUUAGUAAUAUUUUAGAUCAAUCAUGUUUGAGAGCAGUGUUCAAAAUUUAUAUAUUAAUUAGUUAAUUGCACUUUGUGAAAUCUACCGAAAUUAUUGAUAUGUAUAUGUUUACAAAUUCAUUGUUCCGGACAAGCGAAGUUUUUGCGUUUUAGUUAAAACCAUCAUAAUUCUGUUACAUUUUAAUUGAUAAUUGUUACUGAAAUCGUAUUAUUAUUAUUUUAAUAUAUCAAAAUCAUCGCUCAAUGCGCUAGCAAAAACGGAUACCUUCAACAA